AUGUGGGGCCUCAAGACGAAGGUGUGGGGCCUCAAGAGGAAGGUGUGGGGCCUCAAGAGGAAGAGGAAGGUGUGGGGCCUCAAGGAGGAAGAUGUGAGGCCUCAAGAAGAAGGUGUGAGGCCUCAAGAGGAAGGUGUGAGGCCUCAAGAAGAAGGUGUGGGGCCUCAAGAGGAAGGUGUGAGGCCUCAAGAGGAAGGUGUGGGGCCUCAAGAGGAAGGUGUGGGGCCUCAAGAGGAAGGUGUGGGGCCUCAAGAGGAAGGUGUGGGGCCUCAAGAGGAAGGUGUGGGGCCUCAAGAGGAAGGUGUGGGGCCUCAAGAGGAAGGUGUGGAGCCUCAAGAGGAAGGUGUGAGGCCUCAAGAAGAAGGUGUGAGGCCUCAAGAGGAAGGUGUGGGGCCUCAAGAGGAAGGUGUGGGGCCUCAAGAGGAAGGUGUGGGGCCUCAAGAGGAAGGCCUCAAGGAGGAAGGUUUGGGGCCUCAAGAGGAAGGUGUGGGGCCUCAAGAGGAAGGUUUGGGGCUUCAAGAGGAAGGUGUGGGGCCUCAAGAGGAAGGUGUGGGGCCUCAAGAGGAAGGUGUGAGGCCUCAAGAGGAAGGUGUGAGGCCUCAAGAGGAAGGUGUGAGGCCUCAAGAGGAAGGUAUGAGGCCUAAGGAGGAAGAUGUGAGGCCUCAAGAAGAAGGUGUGCGGCCUCAAGAGGAAGAUGUGAGGCCUCAAGAGGAAGGUGUGAGGCCUCAAUAGGAAGGUGUGAGGCCUCAAGAAGAAGGCGUGAGGCCUCAAGAGGAAGGUGUGAGGCCUCAAGAAGAAGGUGUGGGGCCUCAAGAGGAAGGUGUGAGGCCUCAAGAGGAAGGUGUGAGGCCUCAAGAGGAAGGUGUGAGGCCUCAAGAGGAAGGUGUGGGGCCUCAAGAGGAAGGUGUGGGGCCUCAAGAGGAAGGUGUGGGGCCUCAAGAGGAAGGUGUGGGGCCUCAAGAGGAAGGUGUGGGGCCUCAAGAGGAAGGUGUGAGGCCUCAAGAGGAAGGCGUGAGGCCUCAAGAGGAAGGUGUGGGGCCUCAAGAGGAAGGUGUGAGGCCUCUAGAGGAAGGUGUGAGGCCUCAAGAGGAAGGUGUGGGGCCUCAAGAGGAAGGUGUGGGGCCUCAAGAGGAAGGUGUGAGGCCUCAAGAGGAAGGUGUGAGGCCUCAAGAGGAAGGUGUGAGGCCUCAAGAGGAAGGUGUGGGGCCUCAAGAGGAAGGUGUGGGGCCUCAAGAGGAAGGUGUGGGGCCUCAAGAUGAAGGUGUGAGGCUUCAAGAGGAAGGUGUGGGGCCUCAAGAGGAAGGUGUGGGGCCUCAAGAGGAAGGCGUGAGGCCUCAAGAUGAAGGUGUGAGGCUUCAAGAGGAAGGUGUGGGGCCUCAAGAGGAAGGUGUGAGGCCUCAAGAGGAAGGUGUGGGGCCUCAAGAGGAAGGUGUGCGGCCUCAAAAGGAAGGUGUGAGGCCUCAAGAGGAAGGUGUGGGGCCUCAAGAGGAAAGUGUGGGGCCUCAAGAGGAAGGUGUGAGGCCUCAAGAGGAAGGUGUGGGGCCUCAAGAGGAAGGCAAGAAGGUGAGGGGCCUCAAGAAGAAGGUGUGGGGCCUCAAGAAGAAGGUAUGGGGCUUCAAGAAGAAGGUGUGA